AAGCGCCCCCAUCCCCCCUCUGCAAGCUCGAAAACACAGAGCACAACACUACAGGGACACCCAAAAACGGAAAAACCCAAUCAGAUCACUUCACCCACAGCACACGGCAAAAUUUCUCCAUCGAUCGAUCGAUCCUUUGCAAUUGCAAGAGCGGCAGGCAUGUCGAGCACCAAUACCACAAGCAACGACCCCAAGACGACCAAGGAUGAAUUAGCUCCGCCGGCACCGACGGCAGCGGAGCAUGGAGGCGGCAAGGACGCGGUGACGAAGACGGUGCAGACGGUGGAGGUGAAGGAGUCGGUGGGGCAGGAGCCGGUGCUCAAGCCCACCAAGGUGGUGCACCAGAUCCCCGCCGACCAGGCCAAGGACGCGCCCAAGCAGGAUUAAUCCAGUCUGCAUCUACUGCAACUCUACUAGUACUAGUACCUUUGCACCUUGCAGUUGCAGUCGGUCUUGCAGAUAUGUUCAUGGACACGCCGAGUUUGGUUUAGUUAGUUUUCUGCGAAUGCGUGAUACCCACCCACCUCUUGUUCUUGAAAAUGUUUUGUAUUACAUCUGCUUAGCACUUACGUGCCGCAGCUAAGUGUCUGUAUUGUUUGUUACAUAUCGAUUAACUAAUGUGGCCCCCAAUAAUAAUAUAAUAAUAUACUGUCAAAAAAUAAUAUAAUAUAAUAUACAAUUUGACCGA